AGUGCUGAACAUAUAUUUAAAAAGUCAAAAAGUGAAUCCACAGAAAACCUAUUAGAUGCAUUAGAAAAAGAAGAAAUAAAUGAGAAACCAGAUGAAAUGGAGAAAAAUCUUAUAAAAUCAAAAGCACAGAAAUCAAUUUUUCAUUCAUUUAAUAUACCAAAACCUUCAGAAACAAUAGUAGAGAUAUUAAAUGAAAAUAAUGUUAACAAACAAAAAGUAACCAAAUAUAUAAAUAAAUCCAUUGGUAGUUUCUUUUUUUCUCUUAUUUCCUUGUCAUUACCACUCUAUUUGGUUUAUUUAAGUCAUAUGGAAUACUUUUAUAAUUGGAAAGAACAUAGUGAAAGGUAUCGUUUUCUAAUGAGUUAUUGUAUUCUAAUGAUUUCAUGUUUCAUAUGUUUACUCUAUCAUAAGGUAGCAUAA